UCAAAGCUGGGGCGGGGGAAACCAGUGGGGUAGCUAAGUCCAGUGGAAUGUGGCAAAAAGCAGCCUGUGAGCGCGAUACUCCAGUAUGGCUGUGUCUUUGAGCUUGGCACCCCCUCACCCCCGCUGCCACACUCUGGUCCUCUUCAUUCCCGCACCCCCCCCCAACUCCAGAUGCUGCCGUGGGAAAGGCAAGUAGAGCUCAGUCUCUCCUGCCGCUCACCCCUCCCCCUUAAGCUCCCCUUAUACCCUGGGGUCUGGGCACACUGCAUUUAGGGUGGAGGCCCCUCUCGCCACCACUCCACGCUGUCCUCUGACUCCGCCUUGGGAGAGAGCCUUCUGGUGAGGACGACAGGUUUAGUGCUGUUGUUCCCGGACCUUGGCGGGGGAACAAGGUUGGGGAAGGUUUCCAGGAGGAGAGAGAAGGGAGUCCUCUGCAAGCCUAUUUUCCUCCGCUGACGCGCGCAAGGUUGAUUGUCCACUGUGGCUGAGGAAAGGGACCCCAGUCCAGAGCUGAUGAAGUCUCAGACGCUGCAGGAGCUUGGAAUCCCAACUCAUGGUUUAAAUGUUUCUUUGGCCACUUGACUACUGAACACAAAAUGAAUAACUCAACUAACUCCUCGAACAAUGGUUUGGCUAUUACCAGUCCUUACAAGACAUUUGAAGUGGUAUUUAUUGUCCUUGUGGCUGGAUCCCUCAGUCUGGUGACCAUCAUUGGGAACAUUCUAGUCAUGGUUUCCAUUAAAGUCAACCGCCACCUUCAGACUGUCAACAAUUACUUCUUGUUCAGCCUGGCCUGUGCUGACCUCAUCAUAGGUGUUUUCUCCAUGAACUUGUAUACCCUCUACACUGUGAUUGGCUACUGGCCUCUGGGACCUGUAGUGUGCGACCUUUGGUUAGCCUUGGACUAUGUUGUCAGCAAUGCCUCCGUUAUGAAUCUUCUCAUCAUCAGCUUUGAUAGAUACUUCUGUGUCACAAAACCUCUGACCUACCCAGUUAAGCGGACCACAAAAAUGGCAGGCAUGAUGAUUGCAGCUGCGUGGGUUCUUUCCUUCAUCCUCUGGGCCCCAGCCAUUCUCUUCUGGCAGUUCAUCGUAGGGGUAAGGACUGUGGAGGACGGGGAGUGCUACAUUCAAUUCUUUUCCAACGCUGCCGUCACCUUUGGCACUGCCAUUGCGGCUUUCUAUCUGCCUGUCAUCAUCAUGACUGUGCUCUAUUGGCACAUAUCCCGGGCGAGCAAGAGCAGAAUAAAGAAGGAAAAGAAGGAACCUGUGGCCAACCAAGACCCGGUGUCUCCAAGCCUAGUGCAAGGAAGAAUUGUAAAGCCAAACAACAACAACAUGCCUGGUGGUGAUGGUGGCCUGGAGCACAACAAGAUCCAGAAUGGCAAGGCUCCGCGGGACGGCGGGACUGAAAACUGCGUUCAGGGGGAGGAGAAAGAAAGCUCCAAUGACUCCACAUCUGUCAGUGCCGUGGCCUCCAACAUGAGAGAUGAUGAGAUAACCCAGGAUGAAAACACAGUUUCCACUUCCCUGGGCCACUCCAAAGAUGACAACUCUAGGCAGACAUGCAUCAAAAUUGUCACCAAGACCCAAAAGGGUGACGCAUGCACACCAACAAGUACCACCGUAGAACUAGUUGGAUCGUCAGGUCAGAAUGGGGAUGAAAAGCAGAACAUUGUAGCCCGCAAAAUUGUGAAGAUGACCAAGCAGCCUGCCAAAAAGAAGCCUCCUCCAUCCCGGGAAAAGAAAGUGACCAGGACAAUCUUGGCUAUCCUGUUGGCUUUCAUCAUCACGUGGGCGCCAUACAAUGUCAUGGUGCUCAUCAAUACCUUCUGUGCACCCUGCAUCCCCAAUACAGUGUGGACAAUUGGCUACUGGCUCUGUUACAUUAAUAGCACCAUCAACCCUGCCUGCUAUGCACUUUGUAAUGCCACCUUCAAAAAGACUUUUAAGCACCUCCUUAUGUGUCAUUACAAGAACAUAGGCGCUACAAGGUAAAAGACCUUUUCAAAAGAAGAAAUGUGGUCAAGUGUGUCUUGGGGGAAGAACAGGGACAGGAAAGCUGUGUUUAUAGUGAUCUGCCCUUACACUUUACAAUCGUACUACAACGUGCAAUUAAGGAGUUUUAGAGAGACACACUUAUUGUACCUAUGCUCCAGUUUGAAAAAUAAAUAAACAACCUUCACCAUAUAAACCCUGUCAGUUUAGGCGCACCGAGACAAUGAAAGAGACACACUGAAAUUGCAGAUCCAAGGAACAAUCUCUACUGUCUCCAGAUCUCUUGGAGAAGGGCUUCAGAAUCUAUAAUUUCAUGUCUCUGCACAAGAAGUGUAACCUUGUUAGUUUGUUGUUUCUUUCUGUUAUUCCCCUGCGUGGUGAUGAGAAAGAAAUGGCACAUUACAUGCUAACAUGGAGACCUAAACAUAAAGAAGCAGGCACUAUACAAUGAGAGAUAAGAAGAAAGAAAAUCUAAUGGGAUGCGGAGAUUGUAUGCAGAGCCCUGAACAUAUUCCCGGCAAUGCUGUGCGCUGAUCUGAAGGGUUUUAAUGGAAUCACUGUUUAUUUCUUCUCUCUUCCCCUUUCCCAUCAUGAAAAGCAAGAAAGCAAAACAGCAAAAGCCCAACUAGGCCAUACUAUUUUUUUCUACUAUUUUUGUAGUUCCUGGUUUUAUAUUGUAUAUGGAUAGUAUCUGCAGGACUUCUAAAUCUGGCCAGAGUCACCCAUGAAAAUGGACACUCUACCACUCCCCACUGUGUCGAUGUAUUCUUUGAUGGUGUACAACCUGUAAGGAUUUCACUCACUUGAGUUCCUUUGUGUGGAAAAUUUUUACCCAUGUGACUUUCUUCUCAACUAAUCCAUUUUAACAAUGUAGUCUGCCUAAGACAUAAAUACGCUUGGGAAACCAAAGUCAUUUAAACUUAAUUUUUAAUUACAUUAGAAAAUGGUCAGUCUAGCUGGAGAAAGUUCACUGAGGCAAGAUGAAGUUUGUGAUGAGAAGACAGAAGGUCAGAAGGGCGAUCUGUUUGAACUUGAACCUGCCUGACCUGUGUGCACAAUGUUAAUGUGUACAAUAUGAACUCCUGACUUUGUCAGCAGGAAUAUGAUGUUGGUUUUCUCAUUUGGAGUCUCAAUUAGUUUACUGUGUCAACCCCAAGAGGAAAAGACCUUAUAUUCAAUGUCUGUUAGCAGAUGGUACUCAAAUUAUAUUCAAAUGAAGUUUUCUAUAAUCAUACUAAGACAUGGGGUGGGGAAAUGGGUCAUGCAAAAAUAUUUACUAAUACUACCUGUUCCAUGUUCUUCCAGUUGUCAUCAAUCUCUGUAAGAUUAUAUUGCUUCAAAUUUCACUAAUCAGGAGAGUUAUAUUAAUCUUUGUGGCUUGAGUAUAAUGAAAAACCA